UAUCACUCGAUCUAUAAAUUUAAGGAUAUCAUAAGUCGAGAUUUGAUGCCUAUUCCUCUCCCAGUAUAUUAGGAUUACGUACAACUUAUAAAUAGCUCUCUCAUAGCCAUCAACAAUUUUCGUAACCUCUCAAGAUUUGUUUGUUUUUCUUUUGAGAAAACAUCUCUCUCUCUCAAGAUUUAGUUUCAAAAGUCAGGAACAAUCAGCACCUAGAUACACCACAUCUAUCAAAACCCUUAUUUUUCUUAGUGAUUUUCUUCGAUAGUCUUUCUUCCUUUCUCUCUUAGUCUCCCUCUCUCUCUUUCCUAUUGUUCGUCUUUUUUUGGAGAGAGAGGCCAUGGCUUGCUGCGCAAAUGUAUGCAACAAUGUGCAUGAAUUGAAGCCCACUUUGAUUAUGAUUUUGGUUCAGAUAAUAUUGGCCGUGGCGACUAUCUGCUACAAGUUGGCCAUGAAUGACGGCAUGCGUCUCCCAGUUUUGGUGGCCUACAGAUUUAUGUUUGGAGCUGCUUUUAUCCUUCCUGUUGCAUUCUUUGUAGAAAGGAAUACGAGGCCGAAGCUUACGUGGAAGAUAAUCUUCUACGGUUUUAUAUGUGGUUUAUUCGGGGGAUCAUUGGGACAAAAUCUGUAUCUGAAAAGCUUGGCUCUGACUUCUGCAACGUUCGCCUCCGCCAUGAUGAAUUUGAUUCCAGCCAUGACAUUUAUGGUGGCGAUUUGCUUAAGGUUAGAAAAGCUGGGGUUGAAUUCAUCGGCAGGCAAAGCCAAGGCUUUUGGUACCAUAUUGGGAAUAGGUGGAGCAAUGCUCCUCACAUUCUACAAGGGGCCCGAGUUGAAUAUGUGGAACACCAACAUAAACCUUCUGGAAAGUUCUACAUCUCACCAUCAACCCAAGAGUGGUCAUGAUCUUGCUUUGGGUGCACUUUUAUCCCUUGCUAGCUGCGUUUGUUACUCCUUCUGGUUGAUUGUUCAGGCUAAGGCCGCGGAGCAGUAUCCAUGCCCCUACAGCAUCACCGCGAUGAUGACGGCGUGGGCCUCGAUUCAAGGUGUUUUCUUCGCCGUGUGCACGGAGAAGGAUUGGAGCAACUGGAUCAUGGGAUGGGAUAUUAGGCUUCUCACAGUAGCUGUUGCUGGGAUUCUGGGGUCUGGAGUGAUGUUCACUCUGGUGGCGUGGUGCGUGCGGAUGCGAGGGCCGUUGUUCGUGUCGGUGUUCAACCCUUUGCUGCUUGUGAUCGUGGCGAUUGCGGGAUCCUUGAUUUUGGAGGAGAAGCUGCAUGUGGGAAUGUUGGUAGGGGCCAUCCUAAUCGUGGCGGGACUGUACGUGGUGUUGUGGGGUAAAGGGAAGGAGCUCAAGAAAAUAUCGCAGCUGAUGCCGGAGAGUGAACAGGUGCGUGUCAACAUGCCCAUGCCGCCGCCGCCCAGUGAAAGCAGUCGCGGCGGCAGCAGCAGUAGAAAGUCGGCCGGGGAGGAAGAAGAGAGAAGUGAUUCUCAGGGAAACUCUGAAGUUUUAGGGGGUCUUUACAUAUAUCCUUGAUCUUAUCGGUUUCAUUUAGGGAUUGUUUACUAUAAAAUGACACACAUUGAGUGCAUUGCUAUUAUGAAAUACGAUCAACUAUUUUUGUAUAACCCAUCAAAGCUAAGCUAGAUUUUGCCCCACCGCUCUUAGCUUUUGGGUAACUUUUAAUCUUUAUUUAAUUUUGCUUGUUAUUAGCCCACUAGCUUCAAUUGGAUGAUAUUUGUUUGUUUUAUUUUUUUCAAUUUUUGAAGCAAGUGCGAGAAGAUAUUAGAUACUCCAGUAUGAAUUAAUACUAAUCAUAUGAGUCAUCAUUAAAGUAACAUAAUUACGCGUCCAACAUUUUUUGUGCAUGUUCAAACAUCAGUGUUUGUGUUUUUUAUUUUCCAAAGGAAAAAGAUUAAUACACUUGGCCCUUGCAUCUUUAUUAUGUUUCUGAAAAUUAUUUUGGGUUGGCAGUGGUCCCGCCAAUAUAUUAGAUAACUCUCCUAAUUCUAAAAAGAAAUAAAAAAUUAUUUUAAUUUUGUAUGGAAAUAUAUAAAUAAAAAACUAAGACAAAAUUCGGGAUUAAACGUUUCCACCAAAUACAGCAAUUCUGAAAGAUAUUAUUUCCACUUCCUGCGUGAUCCCACCAUGGUCAAACUGUCAACUUUGGCGCCGCCCAAUUAAUGUAGUCAUUUUUUUUUAUUUUUCAAAAACCAAUAAAGCGGUGUCGAUUCUUCAGCAUUAAAAAGCUUAUCAAACUCAGAUCAGAUAAGAUUUGAUCGACGAGAAAUGGAGAAGAAGGUAGCAAUAAUAUUGAGCGUGAUUUUGCUCAUAAUCUCAGCAAAUAUGGUGGCCGUAAAUUCCGACGCCUCCGACUGCAACGACGCCUGUACCACUGCCUGCGUUUUUCCUGACCCUCGACUUUCGGCUCGAUGCAAUCGAAAGUGCGACAUAAGGUGCAGUCCAGGACUCCAAGCGAAUGAGCAUCUGAAUUGAUGUUUAGGAAUUCUGAAGAACCGUUAACUUGGUCUAAGAAGUGGGACGAGAUUCCAGUUUAUAAUAUACUAUUACUGAAUAAUUAAAAUAAAUCACCUGUUGUUUUCUGAGAUGAAACCCAGGAAAUCUGUUGUUACUUUUCUCUACUGUACUGGAUGUGCGAGAUUGUAUAUAUGUAUAUGUAUUUUUAUUUAUGAAAUA